UCUUAACAGACAGGCCUCCUAAACUACUGUUCCCCACGGAGAUCCAGCCGAGUGUUAUAGAUGUCCAGCUGGGUAACCCAUUUAACCUGGUCUGCAGGGCAUUCUUUGCCUACAGCGGAGAGUCCAGACCGAUCAUCUACUGGAUGAAAGGGGACAAGUUUGUUGAAGAACUGGAGGGUCACAUUAAAGAAAGCGAAGUCAGGACAAUCAAAGAGUACCUGGGGGAGAAGGAGGUGGAACUCUGCCUGACUUUUGACGCUGUGGAAGAAAACGACGUUGGGAAUUACACCUGCUACGUGGAGAACCGCAACGGACGCAGACACGGCAGCGCCAUUCUGCAGAAAAGAGAUCUGUACAGACUGGAGCUGGCAGGAGGCUUGGGAGCAAUUCUACUGGUGCUGGGUCUUCUCACCGCUGUCUACAAGUGUUACAACGUGGAGAUCAUGCUGUGCUACAGGAGGCACUUCGGGAGCGAUGAAACAGAAGACGACAACAAGGAAUAUGACGCUUAUCUGACCUACAGCAAAGUAGAGCUGGAGUCGAUGGAGCUGGAGAGCAGUGAGGAGGAGCAGUUUGCUCUGGAAAUCCUGCCGGAUGUGCUGGAAAAGCACUAUGGAUACAAGCUCUUCAUUCCGAGCCGGGACCUCAUGCCCAGCAGCGUCUACGUUGAAGACCUGGCCAGGUGUGUGGAGCAGAGCAGGAGGCUGAUCAUCGUGCUGACCCCAGAGUUUGUUGCCAAGAGGGGCUGGAGCAUCUUCCAGCUGGAGAGCAGGCUCCACAGCAUGCUGGUGACAGGGGAGAUCAAGGUCAUCAUGAUCGAAUGCACGGACCUCAAGGGGGUCAUGAACUACCAGGAGGUGGAGGCCUUAAAACACACCAUUAAACUGCUCUCGGUGGUCAAGUGGACAGGACCCAAGUGCAACCAGCUCAAAUCCAAAUUCUGGAAGCAGAUCCUGUACGAGAUGCCUGCCAAGAAGAAGGAGACGCUGUCCCGGAGGCAGGUCCUGGACUCCGGAGAGCAGGGCCUUUUCGGAGACCUCCAGACUGUGUCCACCAUCGCCAUGACGACCACAUCUGCCACGCUGGCCCCCUCCCACACAGAGAUCCCUGACUUUCAUCAAAUGAUCCACCCACAAAUGAGACAUUACUGCAGAGGCUACAAAUACGAGAUGCCCCCACCCCCCACGCAGUUUAACUCUGUGGGAAAAAAUCACUUGUACCGUAGUAUCCCAAUGGCACUCCUGAACGGGCAGGCAACACACAACAGCACUGUUCAAAGAAACAAGCCAGAAAUUCAUUUCAACACUAUGUUUGCACCUCUGUCCUCCAGAGAACUUACAAGUGAUAUCUGGUAGAGUAAACUCCACAGAAAGACCAGCCUGCUACCUGUUUAACCUGCAUGAUGACAUCACACAGAAAAAAAACCAAACAAACCAACAAACUAACACUGAUUUGAUUUCAACGGCAGAUAUGAACACAAGGAAACUACCUUUUUGUAUUCUUUAUGGAGUUUUUAAUUAGAAAAAAAUUAACUUUCCUACUUGAAUUUCUUCUUCGUGGAGACCAGACUCUCAACAAGUAUAUGACCUGACCUCGUUUUUACAGUUCAAGGUGUUAUAAUGUACAGUUUUCAUAUAUUCCUUGAGACAGACAGGCAGACAGAUUGGCUGGUUGAAAUAUUGAACCUUACAGUGUUUUGCAGUGGAGUGAGUUUCUUUUUAUGUAUUUUGGGGAGGAGGGUUUGUGCACCUGCAUUAAACGUUUUUAAGAAUUGAUAUUUAAGCAAAACAACUUUUAUAUUUUUUCUUCACCACACAUUUCUGUAAAGAUGGAGCAGACAGGCCGUGGUGUCAGCUUUCCUGUCACCCUACAUUUAAUACAGUAAUCCACAGCUGUUUCAGUUUGAAUUGAAAAGAGCCAAGAUUGAGAGACCUUCACCCCACUUCCAGAACCAACCAGACCUCUUCGUCUUCCACUUACUGAUCAGUCACUGUACCUGAGCCCAAAGAAACAACAGUAAAUUAUCAU